AUGAAUGGAGAAAUGCAUCCUGAUAUUCGUAAAUUUUUUGAAGAUUUUCUUCUCGUAAGUUAUUCCGUCACAACCAAAAAAUUACCCGAAAAACCAAUUUCAGAAAGAACAGAAAACGGAAUAUUUGAUUGCAUUUGGGAAUAUAAAUCAUCAUCUGAUCAACAAUGGAUUCAAUUUUCGGAUGAUGAAUCAAAGGAAUUAAAUAAAUCAUUAAUAGUAUUACCUGAUAAAGAAAUGCAGCGCACAGUUUAUUUGGGUGCACCUCCAAAUACUUUUAGUAUUUCAAUCGUUGAAUUUCAACGAUCUGGUAGGAAUCGUGAUCCAACAAAUCGUCGUGCAUGGGUUCGAUGUCGUGGUUCAAGCAUUUUCAAUUUUGAUUGUUUUUCACGAUGGCAAAUAAUGCUUAUCAAACAUACUGAAAUCAAAACUCAAGGCGAACCAUCGAUGAAGGUAGUUGAUAUCCCAACAGUUUAUGACAGUCGCUUUCAAUUACAGCUCAAUUGUUGGUAUAACUGUACGAGAACCAUCAAUUCAUAUAUUGACAAGGCCAUGAAUUAUCGACAAAAACGGAUAACUUUGGAUCUGAAAUUUGUAGGAAAUGAUUUAGGAUUUGAUCUUCAAGCAUUUACAUUUACAAAUAGAGAAAACACGAUAUCAGGUUACAUACGCUGGAUUCCAAAAUUGAUUGCAAAUGAUGAACGUUACCGAAAUAAAAUCCACGAAGUUGAUAAUUAUGAAAGUUUAGCUCAUGUUCAACCAAUACCUUUCACGACAAAACGACUUCGAGAAAUAUCACAAAUCAAACAUACGACAUCAACUGCGAAAUUAGACGAUGAUCUAUUAGAAGAAGAAGACGAAUAUGAUCAAGAUCCUACAUCGCCAGAUCUUUUAAGUAAAAACGUCGAUGACGAUGACUUAGACGAUGCAGAACAGGGAACCGAAUCGUCAGAGAAUGGAAAAUGGUCAUUGUUUGAUAUUAAAAUUAAGGAGGAUAUUACUUUGACAAGUACAGCCACCGGAAAUAUUCAUCAGUCAUCAAGUCCGUCAACAUCACAGGAUACUACACAGGAAAAAAGUCUUGCUGAUAAUUUACAAGAAGAAUUAACAAAUACUAGUUUAUCACAACAAGUAUCUAUGGAAGAAAAAUCAAUUUCAAUUACAAAUCUUGAUAAAUUACGAGCAGAGAUGGAAUCUCAGCAACAAAAAAUCAAAAAGACUGCUGAAGAAGUACAAAUAAUAAAUAAGCAAUUAGAUCAAAAGAAGAAAGAAAAUCAAGAUUUGGAAAAUGAACUUGCCAUCACUAAAAAUGCUCAUAUGAAAGCUCAACGAGAAAGAGAACGUCAAUCGGAUGAAAUCUUAAAACUCGAAGAAGAAAUAAACCAAUUACAAGCAGCCCAAAAGACAGCAAAGGAAAUGAAGCAAAAAGCCGAUAGAGAAGUGGAAAAAAAACUUGCAGCCGCUCAAGAAAAACAAAAGCUUGCCGAAGCAGAAAAAGAACGAAAAGUUCAAGAAAUAUUAGAUUUUGCUAAAAAAAUAAAAGACAUGGAAGCAAACAACGCCAAAUUAAUUCAAAAGAAUGAAACUGAGAAGCAAAAUCUCGAGCAACAACUUCUAACCACUCAAGACAAACAGAAGAAUGCUGAAAAAGAAAAAGAACGACAAGCACAGCAAAUCUCCGAACUCGACAAAUUGAACAAAGAAUUACAAAUUCAGAAACAAAAGGGAGAACAAGAAAAGGCGAAAAUGGAUAAAAUAGAAAAAUCUAUUAUAGCUACCCAGUACAACAAAAUUGAAACACAAAUAGCACGAGACUUUCUUGCACCAAAACAAUUAUUAAUCAUCGAUCAUAUGAAGAAAAUAGGACAGAAAAUCGAUGAGCAUUUCAUUGAUAGACUACCCAAAAUGGUACUUGGUGAAGUAACUAAUGGAUCAAUUGUAACAUAUAGUGUAACCAUUGUCGGUUUUCAAGAUCAUCAUGCUAUAUUCAAAGCAGUUCUAGAACGAAUUCGAAGAUUUAUACGAACACAAUAUUGGAAACAGUAUGUCAAAUCUUUUAUUCGACUACUACAAGACAAGGCGAAUGAAUACACUGAAUUGUUUAAUCAUCAUAUUGAAGAUAUAGUCAAAUCGUUGACCGAAAAAUGCAUUUUGAAUGAUUUAACGACAAUAAAAGCUGAAAUAGAACAACAAACAAAUAAUUUUAUAAAAGAUAAGUCGUUUACUGGAGAAAUAGAACCACCAAAGCAUCAAGCGCUUGAAGAAUUUAUUGAACAAAAUAUUAUCUUGCAACGAAGUCAUCAUGAAAAAAAGCCAACUAAAGAAUCAAUCACUGUUCUAGAAACAUUCGUUAAUCGAGUUAAAACAGAUUUCAAGACAAAUCGGAAAUAUGUUGGUCAUGAUGCAAAACAUUUUGAUCUAAUACCUGACAUACUACAACGAUUAAUCAUAUAUUAUUGUUGUUUUAAUAUCCAAUUGCCUUUGUUUGAAUCGGCACUAGAACUAUUGGAUAAAAUUGACAAGAAUACAGUUACUACAAUUGCCACAUCAACUGGAUCAGGAAAAUCAACAUUAUUACCAGCUCUACUUGCCGCAGAAGGUUACGAUAAAAUUAUUGUUACACAACCUCGACGUUUACCUUGCACAUUAAUCUGUCAACGUGUUAAUGAAACAACGACAUUAGUGGAAAAUCCUUUUUCAGAGAAAUUAGCUGGAUGGGCUGUUAGUGGUGCUGAAAAAAAUCCAAAAGCAAGAGUUCUAUAUGUAACUGAUGGUCUUCUUAAAGAACGUCUGCUCUAUGAUGAAAAUUUCAUUACACGUAACACUCAAUUAGACAAAUCAAUCAUUUUCUUCAUUGAUGAAGUUCAUGAACGUUCUGUAAAUAUCGAUCAUUGUUUAGCAUUGUUAGCACGAAUGUUAUCUAUUAAUCCAGAUUUAAAAUCAAAAAUGAAAUUGAUUAUUUCAUCUGCUACACUUGAUUCAUCUGUACCAAAUCUUUUUCGUCAAAUAAAAGGAAUCACAUUAGCCGAAUUUGUAAUGCCACAAAUGGGUACUAGAUAUGAGGUUACUAAAAUUCCUCGCCGAAAUGAAAAUAUAUUGAAUAUUGUACAAGAAUUGUAUCAAAAACGUCGACGAUAUGAUCAAAUUUUAUGUUUUGUUAGUUCUGUCAAGGAUGUCAAUGAAUGUUGUUCAUUAUUGAAAACUAUAACUGGUGGAGUAAUCAUUGCUUAUCCUCUUAUUCAAUCACAACAAGCUUCGACACAAAACGAAUAUAUUGAGAAUGGAAGUGUAUUCUUUUCGACAACAGUUGCUGAAACUUCAUUAACAUUUCCUCAAUUAAAAUAUGUUGUCGACACAGGUUAUAUUAAUAUUCCUGUUUAUGAUCCAGAUUCUAAACGAACUGUACUAAAAGAAGAUCGAGCAGCUGAAUCAACGAUAAAACAACGUCUUGGACGAUUGGGUCGAACACAACCUGGAGAAUAUUAUUCCUUAUAUGAUUUUACAGUUGAAGAUAAACGAUAUCCAACACCACAAAUAUGUCAAUCGGAUUUAACCAAUAUCGAAUUCGGAUUACGAAAAUCACCAUUAAAACAAGGAAUGAACUAUAUGAAACAAUUCUUUCCAGAUCAUCCACCAAAUAAAACAAUUGUUCAUACAGUUAAAGAACUAAGAGAAUUAGGCAUUUUGGAGUCCAGUCCAAGUGAAAAAUUUACAGCAGAAGGUGAAGCUCUUGCUAAACUACCCGAUUUUGGUUCAUUGGCAAUGUCAAAAUGCGUAUGGGCUGCUCUUACGAAAUAUUCUUGUGGACGUGAUCUUAUCUAUAUAUCAUCUAUUCUAAGUGUUCUUAAUACAACCGCUUUAUUGAAAUCAAUCCCACAAAAUCUAAAAAGUUCAGAUGGUGACUUCAUGACAUUGUUUAAUGUAAUGCAAGAAGUUUUGCGUGUUGGUCAAUCUGUACCAGGCAAAGCAUAUGAUUUGCAACUUAUUUGCCAAACGAAAGGUCUAACUAGUAUUCAACAUAUUCUUCGACAAGCAUUAAGACGCUAUAAAACUUUAGAAAGAUCUUUUAAGUCAUCAAAAGAUUAUUAUGGACCAUCACAAAUAACAUCUGGUGAUUGGCCAUCAAUUGCUAAAUCAUUAUUAGCUGGUUAUUACGAAAAUGUAUUUGUUUCAUUGAAAGAACUAUAUCGAAGAAAUCAUCAUUAUGUUCGAUAUGAUUCAAGUGAUGAAAACAUUGCUGUCUUAGAUUCACAAUCGAGUCUUGCCCGUCACAUAAGUAUGACGCCUGUCCCUGUUGUUUUGGCAAGAGACAUCCGUUAUGCAUCUUCGAUUCGUUCGAGAGCGGUACUUUCGUUCCUCGGUGAACUUCAACCAGAAUGGGUAGAUUAUCAACUUAAACGAAAUGUAGAAUUAAAUAGCAAAGAAUUAGCUCAUCUAAAUGAUAAAAAUAUAUUGACAGCAGCAAAAGCAAAAUUCCAUAAAAUUUCUAUGCUAGUAAAUCCGAGUAGUAAACCCAACAAGACAAAUCUAUUAUUAGACGGUAGUGCUGGAACUUCUCUCACCGCUGAAUUACAUUUGUUACAACAAUUGGCUAUUGAACAACCUGAAUUUUCGUUAGAAAAUAAGUUUCUAAAAGACUCAACUGAAUAUAUAAAUUUAUCACGAAAUUUGGAAAGUGUGAUCAAAAUGCCACAAAUAUUUAAACCAAUGACUUGGCGAUGGGAAGCUGAGAAACAAGUCAAAAUAACUGUUAAUCCUAAUACAUCAACAAAAACUAUUACAGUAAAAGUCGUCGGCAGAGAUUCGGAAUAUGAAAAUGUGAAAAAAGAAUUCAAUUCAUUUUUGGGAUGGUUAGGACAUUGUGCUGUUAUUCGACAUCCCAAUUCAGGUGUUCCUCCACGUGUUUUUCGUCCCCAAGUGCGCGCAAAAUAUCAUGAUAUUGAAGAACGAAUUUCUCAUAUUACCGAUCCUAAACGAACACCUGUAGAGUUGUACAAGAGUAUCAAAGGUCCAAACGCAACUCGUGAAACACGAAUGGAAGCUGUCGCUUGGAUAGCUGUUUGUAAAUUUUCUUGCAAACUUGAAGGUGGUUUUGUACGUGAUUGGGUUGUUGGAAAUUAUAUAUCAAGACCAGCUAAUCCAUUACCAAGUCCGAAAGACUGGAUUGACUAUGUGAAUAACCUACCAUAUAUGAACAGAGAAGUCGUUCCAGCGGAUUUAGAUUGUCAUUUACCGACACAUUGUUACUUUGAUAUUGAGAAAUUUCAAGAUGAAUUGCACAAAUAUAAUAUAGCAUGCAGAGUCUUUCGACAAGAUUGGAGAUAUGUCUUGUUGAUUGAUGAAGAUGUUCCAACAGGUCCAUAUACAAUGGAUUUAAUUGAACCACAUGUGGCAUUAACACAUGAUCGUAUUGAUUUCGAUGUAAAUAAUUUAUCAUUGGAAAAAGAUUAUACACAUGAAUUAGCAAUGCGUGUUGAUAUUCAACAAAGACCAUAUUUCAUUGAACUUGAAACUAUUGUCGAUAAUAUUAAGAAUAAACGCUUUCAAAUACUUCGUCCGAUUGAUACUAAUGUCGAGCAGCGUGUUGACAAAAUGGUAAAUAUUCGUCAUUGGACACAAAUAGGACAACCGUUCUUAGUUGUGCCGAAUCCAGACCCAAAAUAUUGGUCUGUUCUAGUACGUUUACCAUCAUCAGAUAAAUUAUAUAAAACUGUGGAAGCACAAAUGAAAAAUAUAGGAAAUGUAACAAUCAUAUCGAUUGAACAGAUAAAGAAUCCACUUUUGGAAGAUCAAUAUGAAGCAAUGAAAAAAAUUAUUGCUAAACAAUGUACAGGAUUCGAUCCGAAUGAACGUGAACUAUUUCAUGGUACAAGUGGAGAAGCAAUCGAUGGUAUACGAGAUAACGGUUUUGAUGAUCGCUAUUUCAGUACAGGUGGCAAUUGGGGUCGUGGUGCAUAUUUUGCUGAUGAUCCUAAGAAAUCACAUGGGUAUACGGGGGCUCAUCCACCUGGUAGCACACGUGUUAUGUUUUACGCUAAAGUUUCGUUAGGUAACGAGUCGAAACAAGCAUCGACUAAUCAAAAGUUGGUUGCGGCACCACUGGGAUUUCAUUCAGUCGUAGGAACAUUGGCAGGAUUCAAUGAAUAUAUUGUUUAUCGAUAUGGUCAAGCUUUGCCAUACUUGAAAAUCACUUAUAAAGCAUGA